AUGCAGCCGUGCAGCUCGGCCACCAGCUCACCACUGCACAGCUGGCGGCCCUGGACCGGAUGGAGACGGCGGCAGCGGAGCUGCUGUCAUUGCCCUCGCCACCACUCUGCACACCCGGGCCCGGGGCGGCGGAUCAUCCACCAUGGACCACAGGAGGGGGCCCAUGGGUCGUCAUCCAGACGCCCCGUGGGGGAUCGGGAUCGGGACCCGGAGGGGGACCGGAGGACCGAGCGGCGCCAUGCAGCAUAUGAGCAACUGGACCAUGCCUGCCUGGACCUGUCCAUCGCGCUGCUGGACCACCCACUGAAAGGGGAUCUCUUUGAGAGUGCGGUGGUGGCCUUCCUGGCAGUGUUGGGGGUGGAUGUGGAGAAACAGACCUUCCGGGACCCCUACGCGUUCACCAGCUCCCUGUCCGGGCUGAUCAAGAUGGCCCAGAUGCUGGUGGCGCAGCGCGCGGUGCAGAUGGCGGACCAUGGUCAGGUUGAGCACCCGGCAGAUGCCCUGGAGGCCAUGCGGGAGCGGUUCCUCCUCCCGGGGGUGGCUGCCCCCUUCAACUGGCUCACACGGCUGCGCACGUUUGGCAAGCGCAUCCAGAACACCACCACCAGUCUGGGAUAUAUCUACUGGAGCGAUGACCAGCAGACCCUGAGCUACAAGGAACUGCACCUGACCAUGGCGGGCCUGCGGGGCUUCGUGCGCACCCAGGUGGAGCUGGCCCAGCUGGAGCUGGAGGGGCUGUUCCUGCUGCAUGAGGAGGAGACCCGGGAGGCGGUGGUGCCGCGCCUGGCCCUGGUGGAGCUGGCAGACGACCCGACCAACAACCGGCGUGGAUGGAACUUCCUGCAGGACCACCGCACCCGUGCAGCGCUGCCCACCACAGGAGAGCAAUGGCUGAUGGACCGGGUGGUGGCCACCGACUGGCUGCGGGCUGAGUGGGUGGGGGUGCGGCCGCAUGACCACCAGGUGAUGUGGCACACCACCGUGGUGGAUGCCUAUACCCUAGUGCGUCACCGAUCCAGGGCCCGAUCGGUUUUCUCUAAUCCUCAUUGGUCCGUUCGUCCCGUCUCCGGUCCCACCCCUUCGUCCCGUCCGUCCGUCGAUCCGUCGAUCUCGAUCUGUUUGUCCGGUUAUUAA